GGCGCUAAAAGCUAUCACAGACGCGUUAAAUCUAGCAAGUCAGCAUGAUAUUCACACCUCGAGUUAUUAUUUGUUAUCUUUGAUGUGACCGUGCCUCUUGGCGUCAUCAGAAAGAAAUAGUAAUCAAGUAAGCCGCCCCCUCCUCGACUGUCGCAAAAUCGUCAUUGGUUCAGUAACCGACGGUUUAUUAUUGAGGUCGGAAGCAACUGAGACGUUAGUUGCACAAGAGCAAUUAGAGAAUCAAGAUCAAGUGAUCAAGCGACAAGUGAAUCAAUCGACGAAAAUGGUGUUAGCAAUUUUGUUUGUUUGCGUGACAAUUUUGCUAUCCUUUUAUUAUUGCCUCGCCAACUUCGACUACUGGAAGUCUCGCGGUGUUAAGGGACCGCAACCGAUUCCGUUUUGUGGCACUAUCGCUAAACACCUUUUCAAAAAAAUAUGUUUAGGUGCCUACUUGAGAGAGAUUUACGAACAGUAUCCGGACGAGGCGAUGGUCGGUGUGUUUUUCAGAGAACAACCCGCGCUUGUUCUUAGGGAUCCUGACCUAAUCAAGCAUGUACUGAUCAAAGAUUUUUCCGUUUUUCCUGAGCGGGAAAUCGCAGUUUUUGAUAAGGCCGAACCCCUGUCCCUGCAUCUCUUCAGGAUCGACGGUGCUAGAUGGCGACCAUUAAGAACGCAGCUCUCGCCCGUUUUCACGUCCGGAAAGUUGAAGGACAUGUUUCACUUGUUGCUGGAGUGUGCCGAGCACUUGGAGAGGCACCUGAACGAGAUCGUGUCCAAAGACCUGAUCAUCGAGUGCCGAGAGCUAACGUCUAAAUACACCAUCGACGUGAUCGGAUCGUGCGCUUUCGGCAUCGAGAUGAACGCUCUGAAGCAGAAGGACAGCGAAUUCCAAAAAUUGGGUGUUAAAAUCUUCCGCACCGAUAUGAAAACGUAUAUCAGGAAGCUAUUUAGAGAUGUUGCGCCCAAGUUGUACAAUCGUAUUGGAAUUAUCCUCGACGACCACGACGUGACCAACAUCAUGACGAACAUGAUCAGGAACACCAUAGACUACAGAAAGAAAAACAAUUUCCACAGACACGAUUUCAUCGAUGCGCUCAUAACCCUUAAGAAUCAUCCCGAAAAAUUGGGUCUCGAUCACGUACCGGACAUAUACAUCGCCGCUCAAUUAUUCGUAUUUUUCGCGGCCGGCUUCGAGACGUCCUCCACGACGAUGAGUAACGUUUUGUUCGAGUUGGCGCAACAUCUGACGAUUCAGAAAAAAGUACAAGCUGAAAUCAGGCAGGUGCUCGAUAACAAUAAUGGAGCGAUAUCGUACGACAGUAUCAAAAAGAUGACUUAUUUGGAGCAAGUACUCAAAGAAACUCUUCGGAAAUAUCCGCCAGUAAUGUUCCUCGCACGAAAUGCUCAGCAGAAAUACACUUUUGAGCAUACCAACGUCAGCAUAGACAAGAAUCUUAAAGUAUACAUACCUGUCUUUGGAAUUCAUUACGAUCCGAAUAUCUACCCGGAUCCGGAAGUCUUUGAUCCCGAAAGAUUCAACGAUCAGAACAUGCAAAGCAGGAAUCCCAUGCAUUACCUGCCCUUCGGGAACGGUCCGAGAAAUUGCAUCGGUGCGAGGUUUGCCGCAUAUCAAGCAAAAGUCGGCCUGAUAAAAAUACUACUGAAUUAUGAUAUCAGCGUCUGCGAGAAAACUCAAAUCCCGUUAAUUCUUAAUCGCCAGCAACAAAUGAUGUUUCAGACAGAUCAUGGCAUGUACGUCAAAUUUACUAAGCUCAGCUAAACACAACAGUGAGGAUGUGCAUAAUUUCGAUUUUAUAUACAAUUAUGUAUAUAUGUGUGUGUGUGUCUGUGUGUGUACUUAUCAACAUAAAUAAAAAUACCACAAAGAGAAGGAAAUACAAUAAGAGAAGAAAGUAUUGGCGGAAGCGACCGACAUGAUAAAUUCGAAAUGGAAAAUGAUAGAUUACUGAAUAGAGUGAGUACUACUAAGCAACUGAGUGAGAGAUAGACCGAAGAAAAUGUAGUAAUGAAAUAAUCGGAAAAAAAUGGAGAUUAGACAUUGGACAACGUUUCGUAAGACGUUAUAAACUAAGUAAUUAUUCAGCGUUUUAUAAUCAGCAUUCUAAUUUGGUGUUCUAUUUGAAGAGACAUAACAACAUGAUUAGACAUGAUAAACUAAUGUUGAUUGAAGUUUAUUAAUACGUAUUUUACUUUGUGGGCUACUUAUUGUUUACAUAUCAAAGUUGGGUUUUCUUGAUCAAUGAAAGUAAAUCAAUGAAAGUUUCGUAUCACAUGCUUCUCUACCAUUAUAAAUCUUUAUGGUAGAAAGAGAUGGAGAGAAUUACAACAAGUAGAAUGUAUUCAUCAUUUUGACUUUCAUUAAAUGAACGAAAUUCGUGUGUGCGACACGUUA